AUGCUCUAUGACUUGAUUAUUAUUGGUGCCGGACCAGCCGGGUUGACGGCGGCCAUUUACGCCAAACGAGCACUUUUGAAAUGUCUAAUUUUGGAAAAAUCCUUAACCGGUGGCAAAUUAAAUAAAACAGCCGAU